AUGAAGGUCAAGCUCAGAGCCCGGUUGCUUUGGACCGCCAUUGAGAAAGGGGGCGUCGAACCCCACGAAGACAUGCAGGCGCUCGACGCGCUCUGCAGCGCCGUGCCGCCGGAAAUGUGGCCGGUGAUCGCGAACAAGGAGAUGGCCAAGGAGGCCUGGGAGGCUAUCGCCACCAUGCGGAUCGGCGAUGACCGCGUAAAGAAAGCGUUGGCUCAGAACUUGUGGCGGCAGUUCGACUCGGCGACGUUCAAGGAGGGAGAGUCUAUUGAGGACUACGCGUUGCGUCUCAACAGCAUGGCGUCGACUCUCAACACCCUCGGCGACAAGGUCGAAGAGACGCAGGUAGUGGAGAAGAUAAUCCGCAGUGUUCCCCAACGUUUCAGGCAGAUCGUGGUCGCGAUCACGAUGCUGCUCGACGUGUCGACGCUCACUGUCGCGGAUUUGAAGGGUCGGCUCAAGGCGGCGGAGGAUGCCUUCAAGGAACUGCCAUCGGGUAUGCACCACGAUGGCAAGCUGCACUUGACUGAGGAAGAGUGGGAUGCACGGAGGAGGAAGCGUGAUAAUGAGAAAACUGGUGGUGGAGGUAGCAGCAGCGUGACGCACCGUGUCAGACAUGGGCGCGGGCGCGGGCGCGGCCGUGGCAGCGACAAGGGCUCGUCAUCAGGCGGCCUGACGGGCAACUCAGGCCGGCCCAGAGGUGAUGAGUGCAGGAGAUGCGGGAAGCUGGGCCACUGGGCCCGCGAGUGCCGCUCCAAGCCCAAGAAAGAGCAGGCCCACGUCGUCCAGAAUGAGGAGGAGGCCUCGCUCCUUCUCGUGAAGUCAACGACGGCCAGAUCAACGGCACUGCCACCAACCUCCACUCCACCACGUUUUGCUGCGACUCCGCAGGCAGAGGAUUGGCUCCGACGUGCAAGCCCACCGCCGCCAGGAGCAAAAGGGGUCCCCGUCAAUGGAGGGGCCGCCAAAGAAGAGCGGAAGCCAGGCGCCCAGACCUAG